AUAGCAUUGUUAUGACCCAUAAUGAUGAUGCGGCUGAUGAAUCAAUGAACAAGGUGUGUCGACUCGGGUGGUGGGUGUAAAUUGUGUGCUGCGUCGGACUUACCUUCCUCAACUCGAUUUACAUUCUUUCACUUUCAGUCAACACCACUCACUUUUCCACAUCUCUCAAAAGACCAACGUCUUCGAAAACACCUCCUCAUUCUGUCUGAUUCAUUGUUCUGAACAUCAUCUCCAUCUGUACGUUUUCAGGUUCCUGUCAGAUUGUCCAGAUCGCUCAGGAGCAUCACCUUCCUCGACGCUUUCCACCUCCAGGUCCAGCCUCAUCUGAAAGAUCAAUUCAUUCAUCCAACAUGAACAGUGUGGGACCAUUGAAUAGCAUCCCAGCAGCCUCUGAUACACCAGCAAACAGACAGAUGCCUCUGAACUCGCGAGUCCUUCCAUAUGAAGGUCAAGCGCCCACUCAACUCAACAUGAUACCUAGUCAAGACACUUCGCAGCAACGUGCUAUGUUCAACCCAACUGCAUCAUCGCCAUGGGUGUUCAAUUGGAAUACAUACCGACAAGCAAACAGGGGAAUGCUAGUGCCUGUCUUCUCACUUAAGAAGCCUCCUCUUCGAACUCAAUCACGAAACAACAUGAUGGCAGGAACUCGCCUGUACUCAAAUCACAACAUCCCUGUUCAAACAGUGAGGCUAGGCAUCUUGAUAGACACAAACACUUCAACAAACCUACAUGCUCAUGCAGCGUCGACGCAACUUCAAGCCUCAACAAUGCAAUCACUGGAUAUUAUCUUGAACAUACACACGAAUCAGAAUAGUCAUGCAGGAACUGGCCAUGCAAGGUCUCUCUUCUCAUCGACACCGCCUCGCCUCGAUAAUCUACCACCAGAGAUCAGGGCUCAAAUCUAUGGUUACCUCUUCGCAGGUGCAACACUCGAAGCUUCGAAACCCAACAUGGACCGCUGCAGCACCACUGAUCAGUUCUCACCAUAUAGACUCAUUGAAAACGUCAACACAAGCAUUAUCUCAGCGUCUCGGUUCUUUCACAAGGAUGCAUUGCCAUUCCUCAAGACUGCCACAGCACUAGAAGUUCCGCGGUGCUUCGGUCGUCAUGAUCCUCUUGCAAACAUCCCUGAUGAGUUCCUAUCAAGCAUCAAGAACAUCAAAGUCCAUAUCGACUCAUUCGUACACAUCAAUCGUCGGCGCCUGACGUCUUUACAAGAUGUCCACGUCGUCCACGAUGUCGAUGCGCCGGACGGGUUUGCGGAUAUCGUUCGGUACAUGAACACCAACGGCAGCGUGGAGGACGUCAUCGAAAUGCUCUUUGAUGACGUGUUUAGUUGGAAGUGGAAGCAACGACAAUUUGCAUAUUUGGCAGCAGAGGAGGGCUUUGCCCUCAAGAUGACUGUGUAUUUUUCGAUCUGGUGUCCUGCUCCCGGAAAGACGGGAUUUGAUUUCGAGAUGGACUCUGCCACCAACACGGUGGUUAGGACUACAGGCUUCAUUGGAAGCCAGGAGGUUGCCGUCGACAACGUCGACCAGGCGAAGGAGGACUGGGAGGACUACAGUGGCAUGUAAGCUCGCUGGUCGUCGUUGUCUGUCGGUAACCUCCUGGUGAAGAAUGACUGUAGAGAGCUGCUGUGCCAAGUAGAAAUGGACGAGAUGAUCACGAAGCGCUUCUUACGUCCAAUUGUCCGCAGUCCCCCCAAUAUUGCGGACGUCCACCAAAGCACGACACUCCUCUAUACCGCCUAUAUGCCCCCGUCGUACGCCUGGUCUAACGCACCUGGCAUUGCAAGUUACAGAAGUGGUAACCGGCCAAUCAGAUACUGCCUUGGCGGUUUCGACGCGCUUUGCUGUCACGUGACGACUUUGAGCGCGACACUGGCACUUCACUUCUUCGUCACUUCUGUUUAUCAACAACUUCUCACAUUACGAGUUUCACUCCUACUUUUGUUGUCCUGUGAGCGUUCAUCGUCUUGUUUAUUCUCAUAUACUCGCGUUGCGUGUGGGUGUG